AGAAUCAACACCUCCAAGACAUCCACACACUUUUACACAUGUUAUAUCCCUCACAUCAUACACACAGAUAUAUGCUCUGCAAUAAAGGCUGAUUAAACCAGAAUAAAAAGAUGUCGGAUAUGCAGGAUACGAUGCUGCUGGGAUCAGAGGGGAUCAAGAAAACCAUCCUGCAUGGAGGGACUGGAGAAAUCCCAAAAUUCAUCACUGGGGCGAAGGUGACGUUCCACUUCCGUACCCAGCUGUGUGACGAUGAACGUACUGUGAUCGAUGACAGUAAAGUGGUGGGGACGCCCAUGGAGAUAGUGAUUGGAAACAUGUUUAAACUGGACAUCUGGGAGACCCUGCUGUCCUCCAUGAGGAUCGGUGAGGUGGCCGAGUUCUGGUGUGACAUCAUUCACACUGGCAUUUAUCCACUUGUGUCCAAGAGCAUGCGACGCAUCGCUGAGGGCAAAGACCCAGUGGACUGGCACAUCCAUACGUGUGGCAUGGCCAACAUGUUUGCCUACCACAGCCUGGGCUACGACGACCUGGAUGAGCUGAUGAAGGAACCGAAACCUCUAUACUUCAUCCUGGAGCUGAUCAGGGUGCAGCAGCCCAGUGAGUACCACAGAGAGUCUUGGGCUCUGAGUGAUGAGGAGAGGCUGAAGGCAGUUCCAGUGCUGCAUGGCCAAGGAAACAAGUUCUACAAACAAGGACGCUACCAAGAAGCCACGCAGAAAUACAAGGAGGCCAUCAUCUGCAUCAAGAAUGUGCAGACGAAGGAGAAAGCGUGGGAUGUUCCAUGGAUGAAGCUGGAGAAGAUGGCCAACACCUUAACUCUGAACUACUGCCAGUGUCUGCUGCGCAUGGAAGAGUACUACGAGGCCAUCGAACACACCAGCGACAUUAUUAAUCAGCACCCAGGUGUAGUUAAGGCCUUCUACCUGCGAGCAAAAGCCCACAUGGAGGUGUGGAAUGAGGCCGAGGCUCGGCAGGACUUCAGCAGGGUUCUGGAUCUGGACCCCGGCAUGAAGAAGGCUGUUAAGAAGGAACUGGCCAAGCUGAACGUACGCAUGGAGGAGAAGAACCAGGAGGACAAGAACAAGUAUAAAGGCAUGUUUUGACCUGGUGAGACUGAGAAGAGCAAAGGUGUUAAAUCCCAAAUCCAUCUCUCCGCACAGAAUGUAAAAGACUCCAUAAAAUGAUGUGGUUUAUUACAUCAUUAACUUAAAAUCAACCCCUCUCUUUCUGACUGUCUUUCUUUUUCUUCCAAACUGUAAACUGAGACAACCUUCAAAAGUUACAUCCUGAUAAUUUGUUACAUUUUAGUUAUUAUUUUUCAUCAGUUUCCCAUGUGUUUGUAUUUAUAUUUGCAAUAUGUUGCUUAAUGAGGCCUAAAUAUGUACCUAAAUGCUAAGAUUAUGAAUGCAUUAAUGACUUCAAGUCAGAGUAAUGGUUGCAUAGUUUGUUUUUAAAAAAAAUACUCUAAUUUGUUAGACGUUAGAUGAGAAGAUUAAUAUCACUCUCAUCUGUCAUUAUUAUACAGCUGAAGCAAGGGGCCAUCACUUAGCUUAGCACAAAGACUGGAAACAGAGGGAAACUGCUAGCCUAGCUCUGUCUAAACAUUAAAACAAACAAAUAACACUGCUAACUUCACUUUUAUAUCAGGCGAACUUUAGAGGCGCUGGGAUGUGAAUUUUGUUGUUUGACAGGAUCUGAUCAACUGUUUCCAUCUGUUAGCCACCAUUAUGCUAUGCUAAGCUAAGCAAACUGGUUGUAACUAUAUAUUUACUCCACUGUACAGAUGUUAGAGAGGUAUUUUCUUAUCUAACAUUCAUAAAGAAAGCAAAUAAGUGUAUUUCUAUAAGGCGACUUUAUCUUGUCCCUUGUCUUGUACUAAAAGACUAAACUGUCAUGAUGUACUCAUUUCUGUUUGAUAAAGCUAAUAAAAUGUUGGAAUAAC